AUGAAGUUUUUUAAGUUAUUGCUGCUGUUCGCCUUUGUGGCAGUGGUGGUGAGUCAGGAAGAAGAAACUCCACCAGAGGAAGAAACACCACCAGAGGAAGAAACUCCACCAGAGGAAGAAACUCCACCAGAGGAGGAAACUCCACCAGAGGAGGAAACUCCACCAGAGGAGGAAACUCCUCCGGAGGAAGAAACUCCUCCAGAGGAAGAAACUCCACCAGAGGAAGAAACUCCUCCAGAGGAAGAAACUCCACCUGAAGAAGAAACCCCACCCGAAGAAGAAACCCCACCAGAGGAGGAAACUCCCCCUGAAGAAGAAACCCCUCCUGAGGAGGAAACACCCCCGAAGAAGAAACUCCGCCAGAGGAAGAGACUCCCGCUGGGGGUGGGGGAUCCAAACAGCCUCCCAGAAGAGGCAUUUCUGAGGCUCAGCGUAGAAGAAACCUGA